AUGAAACGAAGUAUGUCAACUCAGUCGUCAAUAUUUAAUUUUUUUCAUAAGAAAAAUAAUCAAGGUGAAUUAGAUUCAGAAUUAAUUAGUACAGAAGAAGAAAUUCCGUGUGCGUCUACUACUGAAAAAAGUGUACUGGAAAGUACUCUAGAAAUACCAAAACUUCGAGAUGUUGGACGGUAUGUAAAUGUUAGAAUUACUGAAGAUAAAUUCAAGUACGAUUUAUUAAAGAAUCCAUGGCUUCCUUCUUCAAAUUAUAAUUUUCCGGUUGUGUCGAAAAGAAAAUUAAAAUUCCAAAUGUCUUGGUUAUCACGGUUUUCUUGGUUAGUUUAUUCGGAGAAAUUAGAAGGAGCAUUAUGUAAAAUAUGUGUUUUAUUUUCUAAUGAGUGCAUCGGAAAAGGUUCAAAUCAAAAAGUGGGUGCUUUAGUAAGUAAACCUUUUAUUAAAUGGAAAGAUGCUUUAGAAUGUUUUAAAUUACAUAGUAAUGCAGAUUACCAUAAAUUGUCUGUUAUACGCGCGGAUGAAUUUUUAAAAAUGAUGGAUAGUAAAAAACCCGACAUUUCUAUAGCUAUCGAUUCGGCAUAUAAAAACCUAGUCUUGGAAAAUCGUGCUAAAUUGGUUCCAAUUAUCGAAACAAUUAUUUUUUGUGGUCGUCAGGAAAUGGCAUUAAGGGGAGACAAUGACAGUGGACAUAUUUUUAGCAACAGUGAUGAUAACAACGAUGGAAAUUUCAGAUCGUUGUUAAGAUUUAGAGUGCAAUCUGGAGAUUUAACAUUGAAAGCCCAUUUAGAAAAUUCAGCAGCUAAUGCUGUUUACAUAAGCCCUCUCAUACAAAACGAGUUAAUACAUAUUUGUGGUACAUAUAUUCAGACUCAGCUAGUAACUAAAAUUAAGCAAGCUGGGUUUUUUUCAAUUUUAGCUGACGAAACUUGCGAUAUAUCACGAAUAGAACAGAUGUCCCUAUGUGUGAGGUAUAUUGAAGAUUGUCGUAUAAGGGAAGAUUUUUUGACUUUUAUUCCUAUUUAUGAUGCAUCAGGAAAAGGAUUAGCCCAUACAAUAAUACACGAAAUAGACAAAUUAGGUUUAAAAAAGGAAAACUUAGUCGGUCAAGGCUACGAUGGCGCUUCUUCGAUGAGUGGUAUAUAUAAUGGAGUUCAAAAAAAUAUAUGCAAUAUAGUACCGCACGCUUUAUACGUACAUUGCGCAGCCCAUUCGUUGAACCUUGCAAUUAGUAAAUCAUGUAACAUUCCUGAAAUAAGAAAUUGUAUUGGAUCUAUAUCUACAAUUACUUCGUUCUUUCGAAAAUCUCCGAUAAGGUCAGAUAUUCUUAAAAAGUUCAUAAAAGACCUAAUUCCAGACACACGCCAACAAACACUUUUAAAAAUGUGUGAAACUCGUUGGGUUGAACGCCAUGAUAGUUUGUUGCGGUUUAAAGAACUAUACUUACCAAUAGCAAAUACAUUAAGAGAACUCGAACAUCAUCAUAAUUUAGAAACAUCGCAACAUGCAUUUCAACUCUCAAAAACGAUUACGUCUAGUUCGUUUGUAAUUUCAUUGUACGUUACAGAAAAACUUUUUGCUAUAACAUUGUCUUUAUGUAAAUCUCUACAAAAAAUAAAUGUUGAUUUAUCCGAAUGUUGUGCAUAUGUCAAUAACUGUGUGCAAGUUAUUAAUUCAAUUCGUGAAAAUAGUGAUGAAGAAUUUCACAAAUUAUUUUUAGAAGUUGAAAACGUAUUAAGUUUGGUAGAUGAAACGGUUAAAACGCCACGAUUAGUUAGGCAAUCUAUCUAUCGUAAUAAUAUUCUAGCAGAUUCGCCAGAACACUUUUUACCGACUUAUGACACUUUAGAAUCAGAAUUGAAGGUGUGGAUAGAGAAAUGGAAAUCGGUACCCGAUAAAAAACUUCCAAAAUCUGCAAUCGAUACUCUAGAUGUUAUGUCGAAGGACCUUUAUCCAAACAUUUGGUGUUUACUAUCUAUACUUGCAACACUUCCAGUGUCAACUUCGUCAGCAGAACGUACUUUUUCAACUUUAAGACGAUUAAAAUCCUAUUUGAGGAAUAGCUGCAGCGAAAAUCGUCUAACAGGCUUAGCUUUAUUGUCAGUCCACCGGAGUAUUUCAAUAGAUAUUGAAGAAAUAAUUAAUAUUUUUUCCAGAAUGCCACGCAAGGUUGACUUUGUUUUAUAA